AUGCUUUCAUCAUCUGCUAGCAAAGAUUUCUUCACUCGUCUCUUUGGCUUCCGAGAGUUGGCUUAUGCCAAAACUCAAAAGCGGCUGAUGAAAAUGGCACGCUUUGAGGCCCAAGAGCUGGAAUUCUACCCUCGAGAAAGAUGUACCUUUGAGAUCGGCAAGCGAAGCGUAUCAGCCGGGCUCUUUUCGAUGCCUUCAGUAGGAGAACUGCAACAGCAUGUUGACCAACUAUAUUCUUCCCUCAAGGAACGAAAUCUAAUUCCAAACAGCGGUGUCAUCCGGCUUUCCAAUUGCGUGGGUGAAGCACGUGAUAUGCACUGUCAGUUGAAGCAACAUGCCGUAGUCCAGGCGGCUUCUCAAUUCAAUCUAUUGGAAAUGGUGGGUCCUGGAGUCACCCCUGAAAAAGGAAUCACUGGGUAUGAAUUUGAUCGAACACAAGGUCCGGCAUGUGCCAUUGCGUGUGCCUCGGGAACGGCAUAUAGGAACUAUCUGGUGCCAGUCGUGACAAAUACUGGGGAGGAACAGCAGCGAGGACAAACAAAAGGCCACCAAAUCAACACUCUGCAAGAUAUUGAAACGUAUUUGGAGGAGCAGCACGGCAUUUCUGAACCUUGGAGAGUUAAAAAUGGUUAUGUGGAAUCCGCUCCAUCCUUGUUGCAACCCGUCAACGAUUUACUGGAAAGGGAGCCAGCCGUGGCAGACGAGAUGAUUCGACGACUCCGAAUUGGAGUUCAGCAGGACUGUCAAGUGACUGAUGAUGCUGACAGUGUCCGGUUGGUGACACAAACCUACAAUUCGGCAAUCUCCAUUUCCUACAGUCUACUAUCCACAAAGCGGUGGGAACCAGUGGCCAAGGUCGUCUUGAAUGGAACUUACAAAGCUACUUUCUUGGUGGGGGUAUUGGAGUAUCUUCGUGCUAUUGAGGAGGGUCGUGAACCACAACCCAUUUUCCUCACCAAGGUAGGGGGCGGGGUUUUCGGAAAUGAGCAUAGCUGGAUUGUGCAAAGCAUGGGGGAAGCAUUGCACAUGGCCUCUUCAUACGAGCUUCCCUUGGAUGUUCGGAUAGUUCACUAUGGAUGUGUGGAUCCUGAGUCUGACGCCUUUGUGGAUAUGUGGAGUUCUAAUUAG